CAAGAAAACGCCACCUUCCGAGGUCAGGUAAAUGAAAUGCAAGAGUCUCUAAGCAAACAAGAAUCUUCUAUUGAUGCCAUUCGCAAGAAGUUUGACACCGAGAAGGCCGAAACUCAAGAGAGGCAUCAGACCGCACUGAAAGAAUCACAAAAUAUAAUUGUCGCACUGCAAAACCAAAAGAAACAAAUGGAGUCAGGCUUGAAACACCCUCCCCCUACUGACAAAAUCUCACCGCAAGAUAUCGAGGCUAGGUUCACCCUUGAGAAGAAGGCGCUGCUGGAUGUUAUUUCUGAAUUGAAAGCCGUAAAGCAACAAUAUGAGACUCAAUUGCAGCGCAUCCGACAAGACAACGAAGAGGACAGGGAGAAGUUGGAGAGUGGACUUCGUGCUGAGAUUGGCGACCUGCAGAGACGCUUAAAGCAAUCUGAGACAGCUUUAAUGGAGUCUGAGGCCAAUACUCGCCGCAUUGAAAUAAAAAAGACGCAAGAGCUCGAGCUGCACAAACGACAGACAGUUACCAAGUUUAAUGAAUUGUCGCGCCGUGCCGACAUUGCCGCAAACGCUCGUACUCAAACCGAAAUUGAUACUAGCGCUCUAGAGCCCCCUGCGUCUCGGUCCUCUCAACCAGCUUCAACACAAGAAUUGGGAAUCAGUCAGGUCAUGGGUAGCUCUUCAGAGGUCUUACAGAACUUCCAGGGCGCGAAGCCUAAGAAGAAAGUCAAUCGACAGGACAACUCCGUGCUUAGUGUUGACGACUUGUCACACUACCAACGUGACAGUUUGGUUACCCCAACCCAACGGGAGCAUCGUGAAGAAUCGCCUGACUACUUCAGUGGCGUCAAUCCGUUCUUUAACGACGACUUGGGUGCUAGGGAACAACUUGAUGAAAAUGGCGUAUCACUCCUUGGGUUUUCCGGUGAGAUUGUGACGGAAACACAACAAGAGUCGGGCCCAAAGAUGAACUUUGAACAAUUCAACCAGAGCCUGCAGGUCGUUCCGGCGACUCAGCAGGACUUGGGGCCUUCUGUGGACUUUGAGCAAUUAAACCUGAGCCUGCAUCAAGAGGGAAAGCAGGUUAAGAGUUCUUCAGCCCUAUCUUCGUGCGCCUCCGACAUUAUCGAGAAGCUGGGAGAAGAACGAAUGGUCACACCGAUCGGUCCAAUGCGUUUCGGUGAACACCAGCGACCGAAGGAAAGUCCCGCUUACAGUUCCUCCUUCGAAACACCAAUUCGCGUGGCACAAGCAAACACGGCUUCCCGGAUGGCUCCCAGCACUGGACAGCCCAAGGCCUCCCAAACUUGUACUUCCAGGGGAAACCAAUCGUCUUCCUACGACAACGCCAGCCCUGAAUGUACGAGUACACAAUUACAUCAAAUUCAAUCUCGAAUAAGUUCUGAAGCGAGACCCAGGGAUGCUAGCUCUCCAGACUUCGUUCACCAACCAUCCCCUGGCUCUCGUGUGACCUACGGACAUUCAUUUGGAAAACCGACUCCAUCCAAUGCUAGCCCAGCAGAUUCGAUCUUUCGAGCCCCUGAAAAACCAUCUAGACAUAAACGAAAAAGUACCGGAACUCAUGGCGAACGUGAUAUAUCCUCGAAGCGUGUCAGGGACUUGCCCCAGUCCAUCGCAUCUUCCUUGCCAACGAGACACGCGCCGCAAGGAACUGGGUCCUCUAGCGUGGCUUACCACUCGCAGAGCCAGAUGCGAUCUUCUCCUCAGGGCAUGGCGAGUGGUUCGAGCUAUCGUUCGACCCGCUCUUCUCGUAUUAAGACAUCCGGUACUCGAUACGAGACACGAUUCUCUCGGGAACUGGGCGGUCGCUGAUUCGGUAUCGUGUGAGCACUAGGCUGGGAGGACUUGUUCAACGGUAUGGGUUUGAUCUGCCGAUUAUGUUAGAGAGGCGUUAUUCUAAUCUAGAGACCGUCAAUUAACAUCUUCGGUAAAAGAGGUGGUAUCUGAAAUAUUC